UGCAAAGCCUUGCUCGGGCAGGCGCGUUUAGUGUUGUCAAUAUGCUCAUGUAUUUGUGUUUAUAUUUGAUAAAAGAAAACAUGGUUGUUUUUAAAUGAAAAAGUACUAUACAUGUGCGUGUGUGUUUAUAUCAUUUAUAAUUCUGUUAAGUUUGUAAAGUGCAUCAGCUGCCUCGCUUCUUUGCAACACCCGCACGGUUUACCACACAACCACACUAUAAUGCAAUGAGGGAUGAACUUUUUUCAUGGGACAUGCCACUAAUCUGACAAUUGUUGCUGGCGCUACUGUCGCAUUGCAAGUGGAGGGGAAGUCAGCUGGCACCGGCGUCGCGACGAAGCUUUGCCAGUCGACGUCAAGCGUCUGUUUGGAUUGCGCCGCAACGCGUCGUCAAUUUUUUUUUACAUUAAGAACUACAAAUGUGUUGUGUUGCUCUCGAUAGUGCUUUCAAUCUGUGAUGAGAACUACCCUAUAGUUUUAACGAGCAAUUCGUGUUUUUUGAGUGUUGUGAUUUUUUGACAUGUUUUGGUGGUAGCGCUGUUUAAUUAUGAAAAGCCUUUUUGUUGUAGCCGCGUGCGCGUUCUCCGCGUGUCUUGCGGCUUGGCAGGAAAAUGUGAGGCCGAAGAUGUAUGUCCAACUAGGAGCGGAAGACGACGUGCACCACUUCGUGGGGAACGAUACUCGCACCGACUACUUCCGGUUGAUGCUGCGAGAUGGAGACUCACUCCUUGUGGGAGGAAGGAAUUUAGUCUACAAUCUCAGUCUCUCAGAUUUAAAUCAACAACAGAAAUUGACGUGGUUUUCCAAUGAACAUGAUGCCAAAAUGUGUGUGAUGAAAGGAAAAGAUGAGGAAAACUGCCAAAACUAUAUCAGAAUAAUGGCGAAAACUGCAGCGGGUCGCUUACUUCUAUGCGGAACUAACGCUUUCAAGCCUGUUUGCAGAGAGUAUAAUAUUCUUAAUGGAAAUUACACCAUGGAGAAAGAAAAACCAGGUCAAGCGGUCUGUCCGUAUGACCCUCACCACAACUCCACAGCUAUUUACGUCGAUGGCGACUUGUAUACGGGCACGGUGGCCGAUUUCAGUGGAAUGGACCCCAUUAUCUAUAGGGAACCGCUGCAGACAGAACAAUACGAUUCAAUGAGCCUUAACGCCCCCGACUUCGUCAGUUCCAUGACCCAGAGAGACUUCGUUUAUUUCUUUUUUCGUGAGACGGCAGUGGAAUAUAUCAACUGCGGCAAGGCUGUUUAUUCUCGUGUGGCGCGCGUCUGUAAGAAUGACAGAGGUGGACCACAUCGUUUCAGGAAUCGCUGGACAUCGUUUCUCAAAUCCAGACUAAACUGCUCCGUCACAGGGGAGUUUCCCUUCUACUUCAACGAGAUACAGUCAACGACUGAGCUGAUCGAGGGCCAAUACGGCGAUGUUUCCGCCCAAUUGAUCUACGGCACGUUCACAACACCGCCGAACAGCAUAUCCGGCAGUGCCGUGUGCGCCUUCAGUCUGCAGGACAUCACGGAUACUUUUGAAGGCAACUUCAAGGAACAGUCGGCCAUAAAUUCCAAUUGGCUGCCUGUGCAAAGCUCGAAAGUGCCUGAUCCGAGACCUGGACAAUGUCACAACGACAGCCGAACGUUGCCCGAUCUCACCCUCAAUUUCAUCAAAACACAUUCGCUGAUGGACGAAAGCGUCCCGUCCUUCUUUGGACAGCCGAUCGUUAUCAGGACGAUUUUCCAUUAUCGCUUCACCCAAAUCGCCGUUGAUCCACAAGUUAAAGUGCCCGGUGGGAAAACCUACGACGUACUUUUUAUUGGAACAGACAACGGUAAAAUCAUCAAGGCUGUGAACGGCCUUUCGGCUGAAACACGGCACGGAGUUCGACCCGUCGUGAUUGAAGAAAUCCAAGUUUUCCCCGUACAUGUGCCUGUUAGAGGAAUUAAGGUUGUAAGAAAUUCCCGACAAGAGGGCCGUCUUGUCGUCAUAUCCGAUGGAGAAGUGCAAUCUCUUCGCUUACAUAGGUGUGACAGCAACAAAAUAUCGAGUUGCAGCGAAUGUGUCGCACUUCAAGAUCCAUAUUGUGCCUGGGAUAAAGUCCAGGGAAAGUGCAGGUCGCACGGAUCUGGACGAUGGGGUGAGGAAAGUUAUUUCUUCCAGAGUGUUGCCACAGGGCAACAUUCAGCGUGUCCUCCAUCAAAAUUAGUCAAAGACGCUUCAUCCGUUGGAGGGUUGAGCGCAAAUCUGCCCAAAUCUAACCAAGGUCAUCAGCCGAUUAAAGAUCAGCCUGAUGGUCAAGUGAUUAAUAUCGUUCCAGAUGAAAAUUACGAAAGCAGCGAUCCUGCUGUUUCCGCUGCAGAUACCCUACCAGCACAGUAUUCAGUGGAAACGUUAAUCAUGGCCGUGGUGGCCGGUGCCGUGUCCGCUUUGGUAGUCGGCUUUAUCGCCGGAUAUCUGUGCGGAAGAAAAUGUCACAAAGAUGAAGAUGAUAAUUUACCGUAUCCUGACACAGAAUACGAAUAUUUUGAGCAACGUCAGAACAUGAACAGUUCUUUACCGCUUUUCAGGAUACAAGCGGAGCCGAAGUUGCUCCCUCAAGAGGAGGUGACGUAUGCGGAACCCGUAUUGGUACCGCAACCACCUCCUAAAUUACAUUCGCCAAAGAACACGCUUCGAAAGGGACCUCAUCAAAAUAAUGCUGAGACCCUCUUCCAAUUUCAGACUGAUGCCGGCUACAAUGGCCGGGAUAAUUACCGAGGACGGGAUAAUUUCGGCACCCUACGCUCACAUCAGGGUGAUAACUAUAGACGGGGUGAUGGCUUUGCAACAACUCGCAGUGUAAAGAAGGUAUACCUCUGAGAAAACAGUGAGGAGGGCGGAGUGGGUGCACGAAGUUUGGGACGGCCGCGCCCACCACGUUCGGGGCACAGUGCAUUGCCAACGAGCAGUGGAUCCUCCAGUUCCCCUUCGCCGCCCUCCUCAUCGCCAUCGCCAACACCUCCCCGCACUGCCUCUUACAUCUAUAGGGCUUAGCCGCCUUAUACGGAUUAUGCAUUCGUACAAGCCAGGUGCGUGCCAUCCAACAUCUAGGAAAACCAAAAAAAUCUUUUUCUAAGAUCUCGUUCAAUGUGUAAAACUUGAUAAAAAUCAAUAAUUAACUAUACGUAAACGGUUGUUCUCUUGUUUCAGAGUGUUGAAUAUAUAAAUAAAACGACCCAGUUUGUUAUUGCUUGUUCCGAAAUGGAAUGUACACAUUUUUAUAUGCAAAAUAAUAAGGGAAAAAAGUGUAAAAAUUCCUUUAUGUUGGAUGGUAAGACCUAUAAACGUGGGUUGGAUGAACGAGACUAUGAUGUUAGAAUGGAGUAAAGAUAGCCACGUAGUUUACACUUAUCGUGUGAAAUGGAUAAAAUUCAAAAUUAGAAGGUGCGCUAGUGUAGACUUAGGGCAGUGUCUUAGACAGAUAGACUCGUUUACGUAUUUUCAUGAUUAAUAAGUGCUUCUUAUGAAUGUGUUAGGUAAGAAUGUCCGUAAAGAUAGAUUGUUAUGAUUUAGCAACAUUGUGAUUAGAUUGUAUAUUCUUUAGCUAUAAUGUUGUUCCAUCUGUAUCUUUGUUAUUGUAUAUCUCCAUAUUUUAUUAUUAUAACACUGCCCACUUUGUUACAUACUUGCACAUAAUCUUUCCAAAGCUCAUUUCGUGACGAUUGAAGUGAAUAAGGUUACAAAGUGGGACAAGUAAGUUUUAGUUUCAUGGCGACUUCGUUUCUUUCGAAAUUAAGCUAUUUUAUAAACAAUAAAUUGUCGCAUAUAGUAAUGUACAUAAGACUGAAAUAUAUAAUACUCCGUGUCCAAGUUUAGACAGUAAAGCUAUUUUUUUUAUUAUUUGUUUUUAGGUUUUGUGCGCAUUAUCACAGUACAAACUUCCUAACAAGCUUAGCUAAGCUCGUGAACGUCGAUAUACAGAUAUAAUCGACUAGUUAAUUCGUUUUAUUAAAAUUCUCAUUUAACCUGUAGGUCUCAGCGAAAAUAGCAUAUUAGUCAUUGUUAUUAUUUUGUUAUUUAAUUAUUUUAAUCUCGAUUAAAUAAUGUUUAUUUUUAUCGUUGCUCAACUAUUUUAUAUCCUCUAGAAUUACCACCUAUCAUUAGUAAGUAAAACACCAAUUGUGUUGUUGAUUUAUUUUUUUAUAUAUUUUUACGUUACUGCUACUUCUUAACCAAACUCAGUCAAUUUGUUAAUAAAAUUUGUAACACAAAGUCACAUUGAAGAGAAUUUUGUAUCAAACUUGUGCAUACAUGAUAUUGUGAUUGAAUACAGAAGUCAUGUUUUUGUAGAAAUUGUUGCAAUUUUUUGUUUAGAUUUGUAAAUAUUUUAUCACGUUUAUAAUACCAAAACAAUUAUUUUAAUAUCAAAAACAACAAAAAAUUGCAAUAACAUUGUUUUUCUUUUGUGUAUUAAUAAUAUACCUAAUAAGAUAUUCCAAUAAAUUAUUAUAUUCAGUAUCUGUAUUUCCAAAAUUGUAUAAAGUUGUAGAUAGAAUUUUAAUAAUAUAGUAUACCUAGUCAAGUUGAAUAUUUAAAUAUUACAGAACUUUGGCACUCAGAUAUUUUAUAGAUAUUAGCGCUAGAUUUUUAUUUGGAGAUAUGGAACAAAAUUUUUUUGGGCAUCAAUUUGCAACUUUAUUUAUUUGGUAACAGUUUACCUAGAAAUAGUGUAAAGUGAAUUCUAAUAAUUGAUUAUCAAAUAAUAACUUGCUUCCUUCAGAGGGAUAUGCCCAGCCCCUAGUGCAGAUAUCUGCAAUAUUGCUGUGCAAGCAUUUUGUAUCUUGUAAGGCUGCAGCCAGUUUUUUAAACAUUACAAUAUAAUUAUGAUAAUAGAGUAAUAUAGUUCUAGUUAGUUGAUAAGUAUAUUUGCAAAUUGUAUGUCUGCAGUUCGUACUGAUUCCAGUCUGACUUGUCUGGAUGUUUGCCUAAGAAAGCCUUUAGCAUAUUAUAUAAACAUCGUUACGUCAUGCAAACAGUUAUAUAUUUAAACAUUCCAUAUUCGAUACAAAUGAGAUAUUUAAUACUUAACUUUGUCUGACAAAAAAAAAUAUUUAAAUACUUUGUCAAUAUGUCUUAGAGAGUAUGUUAAACUGGAAACCGAUUACAAUUCUAAAGAUAGAUUUUAAAAAAACGGCGCUGCGAACGACAGUUGUAAUUAUAUAAUAAUAAGCCUUUCGCAGAUGUACUAUAUUUAAUAAAACAAUUAACAGUUUGUCCAGAACAUUAGUUACGAAUAUUGUUUGUUGUAUAGAAAAAUUGGUCCUUAAUUUUUACUUCUGAGAAGUACCUAAUAUACUUAAAGAUUUUAUACCUUCUCAUUUUGAAACCUCUUUGUACAUUAAAUAUUCUGGGCAAAAUGUAACAUACCCAUUUAAUGAUAUUGACUUUAGACAACACAAUGUAUUCUUUGAAUAGAAAUAAAAGAAACAAGUAAAUA